GGGGCAGAGCAGCGGAGGCCAGCGCAGUGGCAGGUCACUGCAGCGUGUGCUCCUGUCUUGCUUCCCUCCUGUUGCCUUUUUUUGGCAUUGGCGUUGUUGGGUGGAAGUCGCCCGGGACCUUCUUGAGUUGGAAGAGGAAGAGCUGAAGAAAUGAGUGCAAGUAUUCCCUCGAUGGAGCUUCCCAGCUGUGAACUCCCCAGACUUGAAGAGAUGGCAGACCUGGUGAGUUCUGUUGGCCGCUCACGCGUCGAUAAGGAAAAGCUAGCCCUGGCCUUGAAAGAGGAAGGCUAUAUUCCCAAACUGCUGCAGCUUUUCCAAGUCUGUGAGAAUGUAAAGGACACCGAAAGCUUGCAUCUUCUAUUUCACAUUGUGAGAGGAAUUUUGUACCUGGAUGAAGAAGUUGUGUUUGAGGUGAUGUUUUCUGAUGAUUGCAUUCUGGAUGUUGCUGGAUGCCUUGAAUAUGAUCCGUCUUUGGCUCAACCAGCAAGACAUAGGGAGUUCUUGAUGAAAACAGCCAAGCGUCAGGAAGUUCUUCCUAUAAGAGAGUGUGAAAUCAGGCACAAAGUCCGCCAGACGUCGAGCACAGACUAUAUUCGUUCCAUCAUCUCACGGAAUUCACCUGGUUUUGAAGAGAGUUUUCUUUCUACCCUCACUGCAUUCAUCAGACGCAGCGAAGAGGAGAUUUUAAAAGUGUUGCAGAAAGAUGAGAUAUUUUUCUCUGGAAUUUUUGCAAAAUUGAAUGAUGAAGCUACAGCUGAUGAGGAACUACGUGAAUUGGUGAAGUUUUUCCGGGAAUUCUUUGCCUUUUCUUUUGCGUUACCUGAGAAUAGACGUGAAUUUCUCAGCACUUUGUCAAAGUUUAAAAUUCUUCCAACUCUCAAAAGGUUAAUGGGAAUGAAUGAUCUGCAAGUUAGAUCCGGUGCUACAGAUAUAUUGUCUUAUAUAGGAUACUUUCAUCCAUUCAAGGUCCACGGCUUUAUACUGAAAGAGGCCCGUCAGAUUGACAAUAACAACCCGCUCCUCACUGUGAUCAUUGAGCAGCUGAUCAACAAUUCCGACCCUGGACUUGGAGGAGAUAGUCAGCUAAAGAAGAUUUUGUAUAUUCUGAUUGAUCCAGAGAAUAUGCGGCAUCGUAUUAGUAAUUUAGAAUUAUUUCAGUAUCUCGAUUUCUUCUACGACCGUUGCAUUCAAGUUCUUACUGCACCACUUCUGGCUGAUACAUCAGAAAAUUCCUAUGACAAAGAUUAUCAAAGAGCAGAAACACUUGCUUUAGUUCUGGACGUGCUAACUUUUUGUAUGCAACGGCACAGAUAUCACAUGAAGAGGUAUGUUACAAGUGAAGAUCUGCUAAGAAGAGUCCUGCUAUUGUUGAAAUCCAAGCACAGAUUUCUGGCCUUGGCUGCUCUUCGCUUUAUGAGGAGGAUGAUUGCCUUGAAAAACGAUGUUUACAACCGUUACAUCAUCCAGAAUAACCUCUUUGAGCCGGUUGUAAAUGCUCUGCUGGACAAUGGGGAUAGGUCCAACUUGUUCAACUCUGCCUUGCUGGAGCUGUUUGAAUUCAUCCUGAUGGAAGACAUCCAGUCCCUUAUUAAACAUCUAGUUGAGAACUUCUCUGCUAAACUGGACUCUAUCCGAUAUGUUAGCACAUUCCAGAGACUGAAGGCAAAAUACAAGCAAGAAAAGAGCUGUCAUAGCCAGACACUGAAUAGUGUCCCCUCCGUGUUGCCUGGCAAGGCAUUUGUCAGAGAUGAAAGAGUCUCUGAGGUGGAAGAAGAACCAAUGGACAGUAAAGUUGAAGAGGAGGCAGCUCCAACACAAAGCUCUGAUGUCUCCAGUACAACAUCCAUGCCCCUGACCAGAGUGAUGCCACCUGUCAAGAAAGGUCUGUUUGAAAAAUUUAGUUUUCCGGAUGAUGAUGAUGAAGAGGAGAGGGCACGUCCAAGGAAAAGAGCUCGUGUGGAUUCCUAA